GAGUGCGAGCCAUCGCACACUUAGCGACGUGCUACUGACACACAUACACAGACACACACACACGGUAUGCUUACUGUGCCAUGACAAAAUAACCGAGAGAGGGUGAGCGAAAGAAGAGGCAGAGGUGGACAGAGGAGAAACGGUAUGCGCUGUAGUCUGCCGCUGUGAGCGCAGGGUUACAUCAUGACUCUCUCGGCCGCACCUCCGCUUCGAAGAGGGAGCACCCCUCUGCCAAUCAAGCACCAGCUGAGGCGAGAGGAGGCGGUCUCGGAUGACUGCGAUUGGACGCCAGGGCUGGACAGCCAGUCCUCCCCACCAAUCACCUUCAGCGUCAGCCAGGACGACCCCACUUCGCGGCCUGGUGAUGGCAGUCCAGAGCGACCACUGCGGAUCGUGCUGCUGGGUCAGAAUGGGGUCGGAAAGUCUACCCUCGCCAUAGCUCUGGGCGGAGAGUUUGACCGCUCUGCGUCAGUGGACUCUGAUAGCCAAGUCGUAGGAGAGGGAUAUGUCCGCAUGGUGACAGUGGACGGUGAGGAGAGCUGCAUAGUCGUCUAUGACAACUGGAAACAGGACCUCUCCACCCUGAAGUGCGACGUUUGCCUCCUGGUGUUCUCGGUCACUGACAGGCGCAGCUUCCACCGCACCGCCCAGCUCCGCCUCCUUCUCAGAGAGACCCAGCCUCAGACUCCCAUCAUCCUCGUGGGCAACAAGAGCGACCUCGUCAGGUCACGCGAGGUCACCACAGAAGAGGCCAUCGCCAGUGCCACGCUGUUCGAGGGCCAGUAUCUGGAGAUGUCGGCCUCUCUGGACCACCGCACGUCCGAGCUGCUGCAGGGGGCAGUGCGGGCGGCACGGGGCCAGUGGCCCGCGCUGGGCUCCGGAGACGACAGCCCCGGCGGCAGCCGCAGGGAGAGCCUCACCACCAAGGCCAAGCGCUUCCUGUCCAGCCUGGUGCCCCGCUACCCCCGCGAGAGGGAGAGGGGGUGCCGUGUGUCCCGGCAGAAGUCACGGUCAUGUCAUGACCUCAGCGCGCUGUGACAGAUGGGGGAGG